AACGUUACCUAUGUCUCAGGAAUUGUCAAAUAACCGUUUUCUCUUUUUACGCCGAAUUUUAAAAUGGGAGUAGUGCUGCGGAAUCUCCAAAAGGUGGUGCCUCUUCGCCGCGCCAGACUGCGCAAGGAUGUUGAUACACUGAGGCACAUACUGGGCAUCCACAAAUUUGACCUAGGCAUCGUUUGCGUGGAUAACAACAGGAUUCAGCAAAUUAAUAACAUAUACAGAAAGAAAAAUGUGCCAACUGAUGUCCUCUCAUUUCCAUUCUACGAGGACCUGAGGCCUGGUAAACUGCCUUCCCCCCUUCACAGGGAUGAGCUGAAUCUUGGGGACAUUUUCUUGGGUGUGGAGUUUGUGAUGAAGCAGUGUAAGGAGGAAGCCCUAGAUCUGCAUGGAACCCUCACUGUUGUCACUGCACAUGGUAUCUGUCACCUGUUGGGCUACAGACAUGAGACGGAGGAAGAGUGGACUGAGAUGCUGCAGAGGGAACACUACAUUUUAAGUGAGUACAACAGACUCACAGGGAGACAUCUGGAGCCACUGAUGAAGAGAUGCAGUCAGGACAGGUGACAAUGACUGCCAACCUGCCAGCUUUACACUCUCACUAUGGUGCUUGCUAUUGUUUUUCACCACCUUUUUGACCAGGUGGACUACUGUUUUUACUGUCUUCUCCACAAUCUGCGACUACUGCUUUUAAGGACUUUAAUCAACCGGCAGACGUAGAGCGGUUUGAUUGUGGAUAUCAUCUUCAAACACUGGAUGUGAGUGUUGUUACAGUUUUAAACAUCAAAUGAAAAAAAAAGUCU